UAUAAAUGUUUUUUAUUACUUGCACCCUAGAAUUUAGUCUACCCCACGACCUCAGUGUUAUUGAUCGUUAUGAAGGCGAUACGUUGUCGUUAAGCGUCUUAAUAGUGGGAUUAUGCUAGGAGAUUGAUUCAAAUGGUCUAUCUAUGAGGCUGUGGAUUCAUUGUGAGAAUAAUGCAGGCGGAACAGGAUUAGACUGCCUAACUGCAAUCAUCCUGCUGACAUUUUCGUUCCCCAUCACUGCACUCCUCACAUUGUAUGUGUGGCAACAACAUGUCUGUACCGUUGCUAGCAGAAGCUGUGACUUUGUCUGGGACAGAGAAGGAGACAGCUGUGGUGAUCUUCCUUCAUGGGUUGGGUGACACAGGACACGGUUGGGCCGAUGCCAUGACGUCUAUUCGGGUGCCGUAUGUCAAAUACAUCUGCCCACAUGCGCCGCGAAUCCCAGUGACGCUCAACAUGAAGAUGACCAUGCCUUCAUGGUUUGAUUUGAUGGGUUUAAGCCCAGACGCACCAGAAGAUGAAGCAGGGAUUAAGAGAGCAGCAGAGAACAUAAAGGCCAUUAUCGAUCACGAGGUAAAGAAUGGGAUACCAUCCAAUCGUAUUAUUCUUGGUGGCUUCUCUCAGGGUGGAGCGCUCUCUCUCUAUACGGCUCUGACCUGUCAGCAGAAACUAGCAGGCGUUGUUGGGCUUAGCUGUUGGCUUCCACUUCACAAGUCCUUUCCACAGAGUGCAAGUGGAAGCGCAAACAAGGAAACUCCUAUUCUGCAGUGUCAUGGGGAGAGUGAUUCCAUGAUCCCGGUGCAGUUUGGGGCCUUGACGGCAGAGAAGCUCAAAACCUUUAUCUCUCCAGGGAAAAUAACCUUCCGGACCUAUCCAGGUCUCACGCAUAGCUCUUGUCCUCAGGAGAUGCUUGCUGUCAAGGAAUUCAUUGAAAAGCAGCUGCCCCGAAUCUGACCUCAUCCUAUCCCACUGUGACCUUCAGACACUGACCUCUCACCUCCGACCUGCCAUUCCCUCACAGGAAACAGCCAUGAUGCCCUACAACACGCACACACACUCAUGCAUGAACGUUCAGUUGUAUAUACUGUGAACAUGCAUAUAAUGUCAUCUCACACCUUUGUUUGUAAUUUAAGUCAAUGGACAUUCAUUAAAAAUCUCAAGUGUUAUUACUAAUAUAUGCGACACAUUUGUCAUUGCACAUGACACACAGUACAAUUAUAUUUAACCUUAGCCUUUUUUAAAGGGAGACUUAUAUUCAUUUUACAUUCCCAUGGAUAUUUUCCAACCCUCUCUCUUUCCCAUUCAUUACCCCUUUGCUUUUAUUCUUUUUCUAUUCCCGUUAAGAAGGUAUUGUUUUACUAAACAGCUCUGUAACACUGGAGAGAUGCUGAAAGUUAUUCAAAGGUCGGUGCCGUCUGGAGUGACUUGCGUCGCAGUGCUCUGCAUGCUGGUCCCAUUAUGCAAUGCGGUUAAUCAAAAACUCCUACUUGUGUUACCUUUUUAAAAACUACAAAUAAACCAAGCAAAUGCCCAAAUAAACUCCUUAAAUCAAUCUGAUCUUCCAGUAUGCUUUGUUCUUCUAAAACAAUUGGUGAUUUAAAAUCAGGUUUGUGCCAUAUUUAUCAAAUCUUCUGCUAAGAAUUGUAUCAAGUCUAUCUGCUCAGUUUUAUAAUGCAAUGUAUAUACUAAUUGAAAGUAAAUUCAUUUUGUUAGGUGAACUUUAACUGUGUCAGUGCUCAUAAUUUGAUUUUUGGAGUGUAUUAUUAUAUUAAAAUUGGUGCGUCACUCCAGACGGUACUAAUGAUGGAUGUUUUGCCUUCCCAAUUUUCUCUGAUUCCCUUUCCACUUUAGCCAUAUCACCCAUGUGACCAAACACCUUUAAGUGUUCUGGGGUCUCAGAUUGCAUAUGUAUAUACACUUCAGGUUCUGUAUUAUGUUAAAGUAUUGUUUACUGACAAUAACUAUUAAUUAAGGGUGAAAGGUCACAGUUAUGCAGCAGUGCUAUAGGAAAAUAUGGAGGACUGGCUUUCAGACAUUAAGAAACAAAGUUAAAACAUUUAUUAACGAUUACAAUUAAAAAGUGAAUUUGCAAAUAAGGAUACAGUAAUUUUUCCUCAUAGUUUGCUUGUAUACAUUUAAAAAAUGGUUUGUGUGAUAUCUAAACCAGUUGUUUGCGAACUAGUGAAUGUUACUUUUUUACCUAAAUAGGCGCUGAUUAAUACAUCAUUUCGAUGGUAUUUUAUUGCAUCUUUUUUUUAGCUCUUAAUGGAUUUAUUUCACUUUAGUAUUAGCUGAUACAAUCCUUUCUUUUAAAGUUGGCACAGUUCGUUAUGAUUCGUUAGUAUCCUUUCUCAGCUUAAUAGUUUUUUUUAAUGCCCCGUGGCUUGAAUGUUUAUUGUAUCAAUUAUGGGCAUGCCAGGCACAAGUUGCUUUGCAGAAACUGGCAAUAUGUUUGGGUUUAACAGUGAACUUAUCAGAUUUUUCCCACAUGAGUUGUAAUUUGUUUGUUUUUAUUGUAUCGUUUUUGCUCAUUUAAAAAAACAGCCGUGUUCUGUUUGUCGUUGUCUUAUUAUUUGAAAAAAAUAAAUGUUUUUUGAUGUGUUACAAAGCUGA